AUGGAUGGCUUUGACGACUUGCUCGUUCCCUCUCGAAAUGUAUUAGAGGAUAAUCCUUUUGAAGACCCUUUCGCAAAACCUCGCUCAAGCUCACCAGAUCCAUGGGCAAGCUUUUCUCGUCAACCUGUGGAGUCUGACUUCCAGGACGAAAGUCUAUACACUUCAAAUUUCGACCAAGCUCGAAGUACUACGCCCACCACUGAAUCAUAUGUAACUGGAGAACGAGGCUACAGCGAACAGAACAGUACAGUGGACCCAUUGGAGGCCGCCAGUCUCACUGCAGACGACCGUGAAGACACAGUAUCGGCUCCCUCAGAGCGCGACCAGACACCUCCCAGAACGCCAGGGUUCAGUGUUUUCGACUCAAGCGCAGAUGACCAUACGAAAACCAUAUCAGAGCCUGAACCAGUCGGCUUAACAGGCGAUGAAGAACCAGCGCUUACUCCUUCACUUUCUCGCCAUAGUCCUAAGCUGUCUAUCGCUACUUCUGAUGCCACAAGUUCUUCACCACCUCCACCUCCAGAACCUGCCUUGUCGCCUUAUAAGCCUGAGCAGUCUGUUAUAUCGCCUCUAGACCAGUUACCUCGUUCAAGCCUUGACCGUCCUUUCGCUGGUCUUGCUUUGGGAGGAGAGUCUUUGGGAGGGUGGCAGGGUGACUGGGAUAAUGAUCGGCCAUCAACUAUCGUGUCAGCCCAGAAGGUGGAAGAUGACGAUGACGACGACGAUAAGCCUAUCGGCCAAUCGUCAAAGUUCAAAGCUGCAGAGCGGGAUAAAUCCAGAUCACUAUCGUCUGCCACGCAGAACAGUCACGAAAUUCAGCCCGUUUUUGUCAUAUCUGUUGACGAUCCUCAGAGAGUUGGAGAUCCAAUCCGUGCAUUCACAAUGUAUACUGUGCAUACGCGAACUACUUCGCCGUUGUUCCAAAAAUCAACCUUCUCUGUACUACGGCGCUACUCUGAUUUCUUAUGGCUGUGUGAAACGCUUUCUAUGAACAACCCUGGUGUGGUUGUGCCACCUGUACCGGGAAAGAGUCCAUUUGGCCGUUUCGACGACCAAUUUGUUGAACAACGAAGACUAGCUUUGGAGAAGUGUAUCCAGAAGACUGCAAACCAUCCUGUACUGGGGAAGGAUCCGGACCUCAAGAUGUUCCUCGAAAGCGAUACGUUCGCUUUGGAUAUAAAGCACAGGAAAGCAGAGCUCUCUCAAGAACGAGGUGGCAUCAUGGCAUCCAUUGGUCAGACAUUGGCGGGUCCUCGCUUUUAUGAAACCGACGAGUGGUAUGAUAAACAAAAAACUUACCUUGAUGGUCUCGAGUCGCAACUUCGUGGUCUUGUCAAAUCGAUCGAAAUUGUUGCAAAGCAACGUGCUGAUUUGGCAGUAGCCACUGGGGAGUUUUCUCAAACUAUCAACGAACUAUCAACGUCAGACGUAGGAAAACAACUGCAGCGGUCAUUAGCAUCUAUGGCUGAUGUCGAGCGCAAAGCCGAACAACUUCAGCAUACUCAGUCACAGCAGGAUAUGGUGACGUUGAUGAGCACAGCGGACGAAUAUUCUAGACUCAUCAGCUCUGUUCGGCUUGCGUUCAAUUCUCGCAUUCGGACGUAUACUUCCUGGCAGAACGCUGACGCCGAGGUCCGACGAAUUAAGCAGAACCAUGAAAAAGCUCGCGCUCAAGGUCGGAUACCCACUGAUAGAAUUGGGUAUUCACUUAAUCAAUUAGCUGAGGUCGAACGCCGGGCAUUGGAUGCCAAGCACGAGUUUGACCAAUGCUCCAAGCUAAUCAAAGCUGAGGUGGCACGGUUUGAACAAGAGCGGGUCGAAGACUUCAAAAUUGCCUUGCAGACAUUUUUAGACGGCAUGAUCUCAAGGCAGAAAGAGUUGAUCGCGGCCUGGGAGUCCUAUCAGCAACAGUUACUGAAGAGUGUAGGAGGAGCUGAUGAGAACGGCAUCAACGUCAACUGACUAACCUAGCUACCUAAGCUGUCUCUUGCAUCAUUUUUGUACAUAGGUUUUAGGGAGUUCUGGGAACGUGGUUCUAGAGGCUCAUGCCAUGACACAA